ACACUUAAUCGAUAUAUAGAUCCAGUAGGGAUGACAAACCAGUCAACAAUUUCCUGUGGAAUUCUUUGGACAUCCAACAGACAUUUGACUGAAGACAAUUGGGUACCAAAUCACUUUGUGCCACUUAUACCAGUCACUGGCCCAAGUUUUGAGAUGGUGGACGAUGAUAUAACAAAUGAUGAAUCUCCCAUUGACUCUAUUUUGAAGUCUGAUUUAUUGCAAGACUAUGACUUCGAGGAGCUUAGCAAUACUCUGAACAAUACUGGCAUUGAGGAUUCAACAGUACUGUACGGUGCUGACAUGAACUUUGUAAAUGCCUUUGAAGAUGAAACAUGCAUCAUUCCUGCUCCAGAAAUCCAGCAAAACACUAACGUUGAUUUGAAUGAAGUCCAGGAACUCAGUGAAUGUGCACAAGAAGUCACAGUGUCUGUUGAUGAACCAUGUAUUAACCAGGAUACUGGCAUUACUGCACCAAGUCAAUUAGAAAUAGAAUCUAGGUUACCAAGUGGCCAUGGAUUCAGUAUUUCAAACAUAAGUCUGGGCAAUUUUGGAUAUUGCAUGAGACAGACUAUAUCAUCAAACAAGAAGAAAUGCAAGGAAGGUUGUCUGCCCCAGACAUCUCAAUGGAUGGUCGAACAUUAUGUUUCUCUUUUGUCGAUUUCAAAGAUGGUCCUAAAGCUAUGAAAGACGAACAGGAUUAAUGACAAUUAGCUGCCUUCAUUUUAAUUGAAUUAAAUAACAUCUAUAGUUUAAUUUUGUUUUUCAUUAAUUUGUCUGAAGAUUAACACAGAAAUAAUUCCAAUCAUGUAAAAAUGCUGCAUUUUGAUUAGUCAAUCCCUGAAAACUGAAAAGUUUACACAUCGAUAAAUCCAUCUUGAUGACGUCACGUUACCAAAUUCAGACACCACCAAAAUAGUUCCUCUUUUAAGUAAUAAAUGCUAUUCUUGUGGAAUUUAUUGAUAUGUAAACUCAGCCUUUCACUCACAAACUUUAUUCAGUUUG